AUGCAGGGUGAUGUGGCGUACACCUGCUGCAGCUUUGGGGGCCAUAAAGACUCGAGGACGCCAUCGCUCGCGCACGCACUAUCUGUAGCACACAAGAGCAGUAGUACGGCGGCCGGCGCCUUGCUUGCGUCCACCAAAGCUGACAGAGUGGCGAUCGAACGGAAAAGACGGGUCUACAGGGCAUCCAGAUGAGCAGCUCCCAGCAUCUGCGCACGUUCUCGCUCUGGUCGCGCAAGCGCCUCGUAGCGGCGGCGACAGCAGCAGCAGCUCCAACGCCUGUGACCAGCCCGAACGCGGAAACCCAGAUUCUGGGCAAUCGAGUCGGAAAAUAUGAUAUUCGGGUGACACUGGAGGGCAAGCGAUCCACAUGGGCUCCGAGGUGGUGCAUUGACUCGGUCAAUUCCGAGGUCGCCGGCGUUCUCUACUUCGAGCUUCAAUUCCAGCAACCCCCCACCACGCCGCUGGGAAGUGCUACGGUUGUUGUCAGCCUAGGGCGGAAGUCGCUGCAGAACGAUCCAAUCCCUCAAGUGGACACGUAUGCGCCCAAGUACGGAAUCGAAGGGCCGGCAUUGUCUCAUACCGUCCGAGUCGAUCGCCGUGUCGACCCGGCGAUUUCGCUCAAUGCUGGACUUGCCGGCGGCGGCUUUAGUGGACUCUCUCGCGGCCGAAAUGUCGAGUCUACGCCAGAGAAGAAAUGGAUGUUCACAGCGGGUCCGCCGUCGUGCAUCGGGACGAGGAUGACCGACGUGGAAUUCACCUGGACGCGAGGCUGGGACGAUGACUUCAACGCUACCAACCGCACUUUCAAGACAGCCUUGCUUCUCCACAGGCCUAGCACGAAUGAGCUGAGAGUCUCUGUCGAAGUCACGGCUACACCGCUAUGCCGUUCGCGGCGAGCAUCACCGGCGCAAGAGAGAACCAGCGAUCCGAUUUUGCCAAUACACAACUUGGAAUCUCACGAAUAUACUGCCCUCAGGCAACAGCUUGAGCACAGUAUUCGUAUGGCGAACAUUGAGAUGUCCUCAUUCGAUUUGAAGGCGGCGGAAUCAGCCCCGGACCCUAUCGCGCCCUUCUCUUCGCCCGCCAGCUCGACAAUGUCGGUGCCUAUCGCACUUACUGAUACUGGCACAGCACAGGGACAACUACAGCAGCUUCUGCCGAGUCGAGUGCAGUCGAUGUCGAGUACGACAGUCGUAUGAGAAGCGGACAGGUUCAGGCAUCUAGGUCGCCCAGGUUGGGACUUCGUUCAGUUGAAAUGCGAGUGCCUUUUGUCCCGUUCUCCUCAUUCCCAUGCUCCACGGAGGA